UAUCAACAAAACCCCAGAAUUUUCUGAGGAAAUACAGCAGCAAGAUCUCCCGUAAAAGAACAGAUUGCUUGCCAGUAAUGGAAGCUGAGAUACUCAAAUCUGUUGCAGAUUUUGCUAUUGUGACAAAUGUUGCUAAUCCAGCAUCACACACCUCUACCCACUUUGGACAGAAAUGGGAGAAAAGGGCAGCAUGUUUAAUACCUGGAAGCCAAUGUGGGUCGUGCUCUUAGAAGAUGGAAUUGAAUACUACAAGCGGAAGGCUGACAACAGCCCUAAAGGGAUGGUCCCACUAAAAGGAAGUUCUGUCAAUAGCCCAUGCCAAGAUUUUGGCAAAAGAAUGUUUGUCUUCAAGCUCACUGUAGCCAAGCAGCAGGACCACUUUUUUCAAGCCGCCUACUUGGAGGAAAGAGAUGCCUGGGUACGGGAUAUCAAAAAAGCAAUUCAUUGCAUAGAUGGAGGCCAAAGAUUUGCCAGAAAAUCCACAAGAAAAUCUAUCAGACUGCCUGAAACAAUCAACCUGAGUGCUUUAUAUCUCUCAAUGAAAGAUCCUGAAAAGGGAAUAAAGGAGCUGAAGCUGGAGAAAGAUAAAAAAAUGUUCAAUUACUGCUUUACGGGCACCUCUGUGAUUGACUGGCUGGUGUCUAGCAACUCCAUCCGAAAUCGCAAGGAAGGUCUCAUGCUCGCCUCCUCCCUCUUGAGUGAAGGCUACCUACAGCCUGCAGGGGAUACGUCCAAGGCUGCUGCCGAGGGACUGUCAGACACCCCCUUCUUAGAUCUCAGUGAUGCUCUCUAUUACUUUCCAGACAGUGGUUUUUUCUGCGAGGGAAAUUCUAGUGAUGAUGAUGUGGUCCUGAAAGAAGAAUUCAGAGGCAUAGUAGUCAAGCAAGGAUGUUUGCUGAAACAGGGACAUCGGAGGAAGAACUGGAAAGUGAGAAAGUUUGUUUUAAGGGAUGAUCCUGCUUAUCUUCACUACUACGAUCCUGCUGGAGGAGAAGAACCGCUAGGAGCAAUUCACUUGAGAGGCUGUGUGGUGACAGCAGUGGAAGAUAUGCCAGACUCCAAGAAGUACGAUGUGGACAACAUCCUGUUUGAAAUCAUCACAGCAAAUGAAAUCCACUAUUACUUGCAAGCAGCCUCACCCACAGAGCGUACAGAGUGGAUCAAAGCAAUUCAGACAGUUGCUAGAACUGGAAAAUGAGGAUGAUCUACCAGCAAGAAGACAGACAACUGAAAUAAAUUACUCAAAACAAAACAGGAAUUUUAGCAUUUCACUGAGAGGAAGCAAUAUCGUCCAGAAAGGCAUCCUAAGGCUUGUGGGUUGAGGGUGAGGGCAGGUAGUAAAUUUCAAUUCUAUAGUGGGCACUAACAAACUAACAUUUUUCCACUUGUGUUAUGGUAAGAUUUUACUAAACUAUAGCAUAGAACAUGCCAUAUUAGUGUGUGCUGUUUAUAGUGAUGAGUCUUCCUUGGGAAGGUUGUACCUUAUACAUUUCCCUGCUGCCACAGCUGACAGUAAAAAUUUCACCAUUAACAGGGGACAGUCAUGUCACUGACUGUAAAUGAGGAACUCAACUGGUCACUUACCAUUUAGCCUGUGUUGUGUUUCUUCAGAUAUUUUUGAGUCUUCUCAAGACAAACUUUACACUUUCUUCUUUACCAGAUCUGUUUCCUGCUUGUUCAUUUAGACGAGUAAUGCCAUAGAUUUAAGGAAAGAAAUGAACUCACUUGGAAACCUGAUCCACUCCAUUAUGAUCCUUCAGUUUUAAGGAAGGGAAGAGUGCAGAUAACUGUAGAAACACCAGGCAGAAAGGCAUUGUAACUCAAUGACAACAGCAUAAGGAAAAGUCUCUUCCCACAGGAUUUUCAAUAUGAAGCAAACUGAUUUCAACUUCUUUGUCUCCUGAUUUUGACCUUCACUAAAUUUCUUCACAGGAAUCUGCUCUAGGACCACUUGGUCUCCAAAGAAGUUGCUAGGGUGCAAUGAACUGUUGUUUUCACCUGUAUUUGAAUAAAGAAUCUUACAGGAGAAGGGAGGGGAUCCCUUUGGGUUAUUUACUUGGACUACUAAUUGAAGUGUUUUUGUUUAGGUUUGUUUUUUUUUAACCUCCAGCAACAUACUCAGUCCUUGGUUCUUUCUGUGCCUUAGUAAUAUAAAAGAGACCUUAUGUUUGCUGUGACUGAAAUAAACAUUAUAAUUUGAUAGAGUCAGUUUACCUGAUCAAUCCGUAUAUUUUUAUCUCACUGUACAUAUCAAACUUCGAAGUCUUAAGCUUGAAGGAGGAGUUAAAAGUUAACAUCAGGUUCUGCAUGUAGACUGACGUUUCUGAGUGCAAGUAGACUUAAACAGUUCUAAAAUCCUGUUUGUGAGACUAAUAAGGUGUCUUAUCCUUAAGAAUUCUCAUUCUGAUCUCUUCAGUCCAAAAAUAAAUCUGGAGCUAAAGCUUCUCUUCAAAUCUGCUUAAUUAUACCUGAAUCUGACCUAAUGAGCCUGAAGGUCUUUUGCCUUAGUAUUGCUUAUCAGCAAGAGACUACAGCCUUGCAGGGGCAGCAGGCUGGCAAACACCACAUUGUCACGUCCAUUUAAGACAUCCAGAGGAAAUCAGCUUCUGGCAGACAUUUCCUGUAUCACAGACAAGAUGACAGGAUUGCUGAAGGCUGGUCUGUCAUUCUGAAGAAGGAAGACUCAUGACAAGAAGAUAGACUGCUUGCUCAGCUUGCUUUCUUGAUAAUUGCAUUGUGGUUGCUGUUUAUUUUUGCUUUCAGAGCUCCCUAACCCAAAAAUACCCUAUGGCACAGAAAAAUAGAAAAAACCCCACAACUCCACACAACCAAACAACAAAAACUUGCCCAGCUUAGCAAAGGAGAGGUGCAACUGCCAAUUCUAAUAAAACUAAAAGUUUUAAUAAAGAUACAAAGUUUUACAAGCCUUUGACCUUGUAAUUUUUCCCUGUGCCAAGCCAAGUGUACAGCUGCCAACCUAUGAAUGGUGUUUUCUCUGGUAGAUGAUGCUAGUUAGUGUAUUUGUGUAAGAACUCUGAUAUUUGCACUAGACUAUAUCAAUAAGUUCUCUAACCUCAUAAGUAGUUCUUUUGAAGAUAGGUCACAAGAGUUUGUAGGUGUCUCUGCUUCUUGGAGGAAAUGGGAAGAUAGUCAGUAUAUGUCUGAUGCCACCCUACCUACAUUUCCUGCAAUAAAUGUUUCAUUUGCCUGAC